AUGGCGGCAAAUCCGGGGCCCAUAGGGCCCCCUGAUCCCGUACUCCGUAUGGAGAGCUCUUGCGAGACUAGUCUGCGAUUCGAAAUCUUCACGGCGCCUGGUCAUAGUACAUCUACACUGUGCGUUGACGUCUGUCCAUGGAUUCUCGGCCUACCUAUGCGUGACGUCACAGAUCUACGAAAAAAAAGCAAGACUGUCUCCCUGGCCUCCAUUCUCGAACGUGGAUCGAAUAAUGCUCAG